AUGGGUCGCAAGCCCAAUCAGCUGAUCCUUGAAUAUUUCACGCGUGGCCCCAAGCUGGAAGACGCGAGCAACCGAUAUCAACAUACGUGCAAAGCAUGCGGUGAAAAGUUCCCCAAGGGCCGUAUCGACAGUCUCACCACUCAUCUAGUGAAGAAGUGUCAAGCGCUGUCCAUGUCCGCACGUCAGUCGAUUGUUAUGCGAAUUCAUGAUCUUCCUGCCCUCGACGACUCAGAUCCCAACAAAGCGGCAAUGCUAGCAAAGAUUCAAAAGGCAGGGAAGGCUUCUGAUUUACCGUAUUCGACGCGCCCAGCUUUUGAUGGGCUGAAUGUGCUAGCGGAGGCAUCGAGACGCGUCGGAGCUUCUGACCAGACCAAAAGACGUGGUGCGGGUGCUCUACGAUUCACACAACCAAUGACUGUUGGCGGCAAGACGAUCAUGAUUGACCCUGCCCUCGAGGCGGAGGCAUUUCAUCCACCCCCAACAGAUAGCAAUGACGACUUGAUUCUCGCUGGUGUCGCCGCUGCUGCUGCCUCUCUAAAUGCAAACGAAGAGCGUGGUCCGUCUGCUUCACCUUCUCUACAAAAUAAUGAUACUCUUCAACCUGACACAAAUACCGACGAGCGUCAAUCUUCAUCACAACUUUCUCUGAUUGCAGCUUCUGCCAGCGAAAUGGCUUCACAGAGUCUUGCAAUGGGCAGUGAAUUGACAGAUGGGCCACAUGUUGGGUCAUCCUGGACUGACCACCAGCUGUCUAGCACUGAUCAAUUUCUGCUUGACAGCUUGCAGGGUCAUGAUCCUACACUAGCAGCAACCCAACGUGCUGCAUCUUAUCCACGCCCAAUUGCAAUGAACCCGAAUACUACUCCAACCAAGGGCUUUGUCAACGAUUUUGGAUCUUCGCCCAAGCCACAAAAGCCCAAAGUGCGUAGUCGGUUCAGUGCAGACCGUAGGAAGGAAGUUCAAGAAGUACGUAAGCGGGGUGCAUGCAUUCGAUGCCGCAUGCUUAAGAAGCCUUGUUCUGGAGAUAGUCCUUGUCAAACAUGUGCUUCUGUUGAGAGUGCUCGCCUAUGGAAACAGCCAUGUAUUCGGACACGUCUUGUUGAGGAAUGUGAACUCUAUGGUGCUGGUCUUCAUACGACUCUUGCCUUUCACGAUGUCAAUUCUAUGCAAGCCCAAACAAAGUAUGAAAGCUACGUUGGUCGUGUGGAGGCUGCACACUUUGAUGAUGGGCCUUUCUUUGUGACCUUCAGCGCCCUCAUUGGUCAGAAAGCUGGCAUGUCACCGAUUGAUCCUCAACUACAAGCUCUAGUCGAGGACGGGCACCUCCAAGGAUCUACUCAGGAUAUGUACAUGCUGGAUGGGGAUACAGAUGAUCUUCCUGGAAAGUGCGAAAACUACAUCAAGAGGCUACAGUCCACUUUUAUUGAAAAUGAGACAUCGCCAAUCAUGAAGUCAACCCUAACAUUAGCAGCACACUUGGCAGAUGAGAAAAAGGAUACUCUCCUUGACCGCGUGGUGGAGCUAUGGCUUGUAACUCAUGUCCUAGUCGACCUAGAAUUGCAGUGGAAGCUCUUUGUCCAUCCACUCCUACCCCCAACUGCCGUGGACACUCUAGCUAUGCCAACCGAGGAAGGCCGUGUUCCAAUUGAUCGCAAUGCCAAUGCCGAUUCUUACAACCUUAUAUGCAGUCAACUUCGCGCUGCUGUCGAGAAGCGUGCCAGCUUGCUGAGUAAAAAUGUCAUGAAUGAACUCGAACGACGACUCUUGCAGCGCCACCACAGUGGUUGGUUCGAAACCUUUUUGGUAUCUGUCAUUCUCCUCAACUGUGUUGAACGCGCCUGUUGGCUCUUCACUAGCUGGGAGAAUGAGGACUUUGUCGGACGUUGGCCUUUGGACAAACGUCCACAAUAUUAUGCUAACCAGGGCGACCGGUUCUCGGAGAUCCUUCAUAUGCUACUACGAAUGCGUGGCCUGCCCCCAAAGACAACCAUCAAUGCGGAAACUGGCCUGCUCAAAGCGGUAGAGAACAGCGAUCCCAAUGCCAUUCUGUGGUUUGACACUAUUCAAAUAUCACCCUUGUACUUGGAACAACGUCAACUCGUCCAAUUUGAUCCCACCGACUCGCGGUCUCUGGAUCUGAAGUUCGCUUCCAAGAUUCUCCUGCCGCCACCAACUGCAUGA